AACUUCUAAAUAUGUGUGUGUAAUAUUCGAUGCGUUUACUAAUACAUAUGGUGAACAGGAGUUCUCAUUUUAUUCAUCAAAUGAACACAAAUUUUUAAAUCCAAACGAAGCGCCGAUCCCAAUUAUUCAGUAUUUACAAAAACAUGGAAUCUUUCAAGCAGAAUGACGGCAAUCGUGACGAGUUAAUUAUUCAACAGCAACGGGAAAUUGAGAAGGAGAUCAGUGAUACUACCCCAUUGGUUAGCGAGCAAUUGCCGCUGACCUGCUUGUGGGCGGAAUACAAUGGUGACGAAAUCUUCACAGCCAAAAUACAGGAUCUGUCUAAAAAGUACAAGUUCAUUCGACGCACCCGCCCCGACGGCAAUUGUUUCUUCAGAGCUUUCGCUUAUUCGUACUUAGAGUACUUGAUCUCAAAUAACAGUGCCUAUCAGGAGUUCCGAAAACUGGCCGAAGAGUCCAAGGAAAAGCUUGUUCAGCUCGGAUUUCCCAGUUUUACAUUAGAAGACUUUCACGAAACUUUUAUGGAAGUCAUCAAGCGCGUUAGUCCCGAUAACCCAGGCGGACAUAACAAAGUCCAGAGCGAAUUGCACAAAAUUUUCAAUGAGCAGGGAUAUUCCGACUACGUGGUAGUUUACUUACGUUUGAUUACCUCGGGAAAACUGCAGGAAGAGGCCGAUUUUUACCAGAAUUUCAUAGAUGGAGAUCUUACAAUAGAAACCUUUCGACAUCUUGAAGUGGAACCGAUGUAUAAAGAGUCGGACCACAUUCACAUAAUCGCGCUAUGUACCGCCCUCGGUGCAGGAGUCCGUGUUGAAUACUUGGAUCGAGGCGAAGGUGGUACUGUUAAGGCCCACGAUUUCCCAGAGGGAACUGAGCCCAGAAUUUACCUGAUAUAUAGACCAGGCCACUAUGAUAUUCUUUAUCCAAAUUAAAUCGCUCUCAAUAGUUUCUAGUUUAUGGAACGACUUAUGUAUAUAAGAUGUAAAAUAAAUUACCAUUUAUUUGCAUAUAAAA